UAUUUUUUUAUUCCAUGAAAAAAGAAACAAACUCACAAAAAUUUCCCAAAACAACUUUGUGAAUAAUGAACGUUUAAUGCAAACAGAAUGAAAAAGAAGAAAAUCAAAUCGAAUCGGUGUGAAAUAGUUGAAAUCGAUGUUUAAUUUCAAUUUUUUUCUCAUGUUUUCUCAUAAGCAUUUAGUGAUAUAUAUUUAGUGUGAACCUUUCAUUGAUAUUGAUAAAGUGAUUGAAAAUCAAAAUAAAGAACAGAAAUAACAUAAAUUUUAAAAAAAAAUCCAAUGUGUUCAGUGAAAAGCAAAUUAAAACAUAAAUAAAACGACAAAGGAAAAAAAAAAACGAAUGUUCGCACAAAACAUACGUCUUCUUGAAUUGUGUGCAUGUAAAAAAUUUGAAAAUAAAAUAUAGGAAGAGAGGAGAGAAUUAGAAAAAACAAGCAUCGAAUUGUGAGAGUGGCGAAACCAACAAAAGGUAUAAAAGAAGAAAAAGAACCUUCGCACAAAACUAUUGAAAGUGCAUGAUAAUUAGCCAUGGAGCUGAGUGAAUGAGUGAAACUAGAACAAUCAGCCUGUGUGCACCGCGGAUUGCAAAAGGAAAUUCCAAUUUUGCAAGAAGCAUUGAAAAAAUUCACGAAUGGAAAUAUUAAAAUAAAAAAAAAGAACACAACUGAAACAUGAAACGAACAUCACAAUAGGAAUUAAGAGAUAGGAGAAAAGUGACGAUUGCGUUCUUAUAUCGCCGCCCGUACAGUUGCCGUCUCUUGGCCACGGAUUCGACACGGAACGUCGUAACACAUCUUCAUCAAUCAUUGUUUGACAAAAAGAAAAAAAGAAAACACAACAUAUAAUUUUUCAACAACUCGACAGCAAAUGUAAUGAACCAGAAAAACAUUGGAGCAUUACAUGAGAUAACUUAACAAAAAGAAAGAGAAAGAGGGAGAGAGAAGACAAAGGAGGAGAAGAAACAGUAGCAGCGAUUAAUUAAAUCGUACAGAAAUUAUGUCCAGUUCUUUCUAAAUAACAGAUAUACAACGUAAUUUUAAGUUAUAACCAUGGCGGACGGGCAUAUUCACAAGCAUUUACAGUCGAUGUUCCACUUGCUUCGGAAUGAGGAAACAUUGAAAAUGGCGGUUAAAUUGGAGAGUGCCCGAUACGGUCGUACACGAUAUUUAGUGGUGGUGUCUUGUUCGCAGAAACCUGCUCAACGGAAAUCGACUCAGUCCCAACCACAGCAGCAACAUUUUAAUAAUAAUUUAAUUAACGCUCAAAAUAUCAAUAACAAUAAAUGUAGUAGUAAUAAUCGAUGUGGCAGCAAUGAAAAUCAAAAUAAUAAUAUAAGCACAACGCCAAGUGUGCAACGAAAAUCGGAGCAAUCACAACAAUCGAUAAGUUCGCCCGCACUAAUUGCAACAUCGUUAAAAAGUGGCACAAAGCACCGAAUCAUCGAAAAAGAUCCGACCAAUUUGAAUCGACUAUCAACUUCACCGAAACAAGAGCAUCAACAACCGCAGUCGCUGCAGCAGCCGCAUCAACCUGAUCAACUCAAUGAGAUGAACCCGAAUAAUAUGAACGAGGUGGAAGAGUCGUGUUUGUUAGGCAUUGAUUGCAAUGAAAAAACCACAGUUGGCUUAGUUUUACGCAUACUCGGUGACACCACGAUUCGAUUGGAUGGCGAUGGUGGGUUUUGCAUCAGUGGCAGCGGACGCACGCAUAUUUUUAAACCAGUUUCAGUGCAGGCAAUGUGGUCUGCACUGCAAACAUUGCACAAAGUGUGUGCAAAAGCCAGAGAGAAUAAUUUAUAUCCUAGUGGGCCGUCACAUGAAUGGGUUUCAUACUAUGACGAACGCAUCAGAUCAGAGCAAUCGUGCUUAAACGAAUGGAAUGCAAUGGAUUCACUUGAAACACGACGACCACCGUCACCAGAUGCCAUACGCACCAAACCGACUGAACGUGAGGAAACGGAGAGAGUGAUUAGAACGACACUAAAAGAAAUUAUCGUACAACUCGAUCUCGAUGAAGUGACAUCAAAAUUUAUUCGAACAAAAUUGGAAGAGCAUCUUGACAUGAAUCUUACCGAAUACAAAUCAUAUAUUGACGAAGAAAUGCUGAAAAUACUAAAGCAAUUGGAUGCACCGACGAAAAUCUUUGACCAUGUUUACUUGGGCUCGGAAUGGAAUGCUAGUAAUUUAGAAGAGCUACAGAAAAAUGGGGUUCGUCACAUUCUAAAUGUGACACGUGAAAUCGACAAUUUCUUUCCCGGCAUGUUCGACUAUUGCAAUGUUCGAGUUUAUGACGAUGACAAAACAAAUUUGCUGAAACAUUGGGAUAAUACGUACAAGUAUAUAUCGAAUGCAAAAAAUUCGGGCUCAAAUGUUCUAGUCCAUUGUAAAAUGGGAAUUAGUCGUUCGGCAUCGGUUGUGAUAGCAUACGCAAUGAAAGCAUACGGUUGGAGUUUUGCUGAGGCAAUCGAUCACGUGAAAAACAAUCGAAAUUGCAUUAAGCCAAACAAAAAUUUUCUAAAUCAAUUGGAAACGUACCAAGGCAUGCUGAUGGCAAUGAAAAACAAAGAACUUUUGCAACGCAGCAAAAGCGAUACAAAUUUACGAAGUGUAAAAGAUGCACGAUUACUCCCAGGGAGUGAGCCAACGCCAUUAAUACAAGCGUUCAAUGCGGCAGCGAAAAAACAAAAUGAAAAUUCAUUUUUAAGUCGUUGUGCAACGCUGAAAAAUCGACCAAAAAGUUGGUCACCCGAUAGCGUUGAGUCGGCAAUUCUAUUGCCCAAACAACAUUCACAGUCUCUGGAGCAUUUGCCGCCCGAAUGCAUGGAAAAGGUUAAACUGAAAAAUAACAUGCGAUUACCAUGCAAAAAUGGGCAAAACUAUAGUGUCUCACAAAAUCAGGUGUUUCACCUGGAAGAAUCGAAUGUGAUGCAACAAUGCAUGUCCAAUGUUAAGCUAAUUGUGAACGAAUUGGAAUCGAAUGUGAAGCGCCUGUCGGAGGGUAAAAUUGUCAAUAAAGACAUAAAUACGACCGAUACGAAUUUAAAUGCAACCGCGCGCGUUGUUACAAAACCUCCGAUUUCCUCAUUAUUAUCAUCAUCAUCAACAUCAACAUCAUCCUCAUCAUCAGCAUGUGAUAGAACGUCGCCAUUUGGUUCACUUAAGCGUAGCGAAUCGAAUAAAUCGCGAUCGGACUAUGAAACGUCCGAAAAAUACAGUCCAGUUAUGAAAUCAAGGAGUUUGGAUGUCGCGAAUUGUAUGAUUACCAGCACUGCCAUGACUGCCAUAAAUGCACCUACAUCGACAAUAAAUACAAACAAACCACCGUUUGGUAGUCCAAACAAUCGACAUUCACUUCAUGAAGAAGCGGUUACAAAUACAACACCCGCAACAGCAGCGACAGUAUCCAUAUCCAAUCCGAAUGUUUCACCGGCAUGGACUCGCCGAUUUUACAAUCCAACCACGAAUAAUAAUAACAAUAAUAUUAAUAACAACAAUAGUAACAAUAACAACAAUUUAUCGUCUCGAUCUGGUUCAUCGUCGUCGAAUUCAUCAUCGUCAUCAAAUGUUUCACUAUCCACCGAUCUCAUUAACGAUUUAUGCAAAACGGGCUCGAAAAAUGUGAAAAAUCUUCGAAAUGCAUAUUCAGUUAAAUCGAUAAAUCAAAAUGCCAACUCAAACAAAUCGGUUGACAUAUUGCCGGCAUUCGGUAUUGAUAAACGUAAUUUGCUCAAUGACAGCGAUAGCGAAGCCAGUUUUGUGAACAUGACCAUCGCUCGAUUGGCCGAUCAAUUUUCCAAAGAUAUUAUGCAACGAAUAAAGAAGCGCUGCAAAAGUGAUGGCAUGCUAUACGAAUCGGAACUAUUGGCAACGGUUAACAAACGAUUCUCAUCUUCAUCGCCAUCGGAUUAUACGGAAAAAGCGUUUAACAAUCGACCAGCAAUCACAUGGAACAAUCGUCUCAAUACAACCAAUAACAAUAACAAACACAACAUUCAAAUCAAAGGAAAACGUCAUGGUAAAAAUCGUAGUACACUUUGUCAAACCGUUGAGAAUCUUAAAUUGAAUUUCGAAUCGAAACCGAAUGAUGCGUCAAACAUUGGCAUUGCAAAAGAGGCAAAACGUGGUAAAUCGCUACCCUCGUCGCCAGUUGCAUCAGUCUAUUCGAAUAAUAUGCCAAUGGUGACAAAUCCAAUAAAUGAAUCGACAACACCAGCAACGCCAGCAACUCUUAAGCUCAACUAUGAUAAAUUGGGCUGCGAAGAGAUCAACGUCAAAGGGUUGGUGGAUAAAUAUGAAGUGACCAAAACCACCACCACUGCUGCUACCACAUCCACUCCACUAAUAUCGCGCUUCAAACGACACACCAUCCAUCAAUCACCACACAAUACGAUUCAUCCAAAACCGCCACCAAUUCCGCAUGCAUCGAUUGUUGUUGCUUCAAAACCUGCCAACAUUUUACUAUCCAAACCACUACAUCAAAAUAAUCAAUCCUUCGCAAGACUCAAAGAGCACUUUAAUUCAACCUCUGCUUAUAACACUAUGUGAACGAAAAAAAAGAGCAACAUUACAUAAAUACAACACAAAAAAACUACAAAAUAUUUCGAAAUGGUUUAUAAAAUUAUUUAAUUAAAAAAAAAC